UUACUUAUCCAUCAUUGCUUACUAAUUGCCCAUCCCUUCCUCAACUCUUUGGCAUCCGAUCUCAGCCUUUCAAUGGCACAUCCGGACCCUCUCAUGCCAACCUUUACCCGCAUGUCCACGCAUCCCAGUACAAUGCUACCGCCACGUCUCUGCGCAAUUCAAAUUAUAGAAAUAACCAGCAGGGAAACUCAGUGCUGAUGACUCCCUUCAGCCGGUAUGGCCAGGCUAAUGUUGUUUGCGCCAAUUGUGAUAAGCCAGUAUAUGCGAACGAGCGAGUUGAUGCCGUGUGUAAAGUCUACCAUAGACUAUGCUUUAAGUGUUCCGCGUGUGGGCGUCUUUUAGAACGUGGAAGUGCAUGCGAUCAUGCACACAAUAUUUAUUGCAGAGGCAAGUUUGAUCUGUAG